CCAAGGAGAGGGGAAUGUAUCCCGGAGGAUGGAUGGGAGUAGGGAGACGCUGGGGUGUUCGACGGAGAGAGGAUUCUUAGAGGCUGCAAAGCAGACCGAGGAGAUGCCAGAGAGAGAGGCGGCUUGGAGACUGCGAGCAAGAAGAGAAACACGGAGAAUUGCAAGGAAAAGGGAGGAUGCAUGGGGCAGGGAGAACUGAGGGAAUGCGAGGGAGAGGGGAGGCUUGGAGACUGCAAGGGAGAGGGGAUACCCGGGGGAAAACAAGGAAGGAGGAGACUCGGAGGCUGAAUCAAGAGACCUGACACUCGGCAAGGUGAAGUGUGAGUGCAGGAGCAGGGCAGGACCCGGGGAGAGUGAGACUCAAAGGGUGGAGAGACCCGUGCCCGACGAGCUGCAGGGGAGAGCAGGCACCCAAGAGCUGGAAGGGACACUGGAGACCCAGGGGCUGAUGGCAGAGGGGGGACAUGGAGCUGCAAAUGUGCAGGGCAAUGCAAGGAGAGAGGAGUCGGAGAGGCUGCAGGGCAGUGGGGACACCCAGGGGCUGCAGGGAAGAAGGAAGACCCAGAAGGCAGCAAGGGAGUGGUGAGACCCGGCAGCUGGAAUCAGCUCCACCACCCUCUAUUCCUUUUCUCUGCUCCCACUCCUCACUGCAGGUCAUCUGGGGAUGUGCUACCCCUAAACCAGGAUACUGUGUUUUUUGGAGAGAGCUGCAGGCUGGCAGCAGAGUCAGGUGGAUGUCUUUGUUUCCUGGAUUGGAAAACUGGGAAGAUGUGAGCUGAAUACUCACACUUCUAUGUACAGUUCAAAUUGUCUUGGAAGUGUCUGAUGGGAGUGUUUUCUGUGUGCCAGAGUGUGGCUGACUGCAAACAGCCUUGAGGUGAAAGAGAAAAGAGAGCUUUGAGUUAAAAGCAGCUCCUGUUUUUAGGAGUCCACAGGCCACUUGCUGUUGGUUUGAUCAGUGACCCAGAGCUCACCAGAGCUGUAAACAUCUCAUCUGCCCCAAAGUGUGUCCUGCCUGUCUCCUUGCAAAUUGCUCUUGCAAGUGUAAUCUGUGUUGGACUGAGUGGAAAAAUGCAUUAUUACCUCUCCAAAUAAAAGGGGUGCAAUUGCAUGCAAAGCUUGCAGUUCUUUGGGUAGGUAUGGAGGAAUUAGAUCAUUUCCCUUCUACUCCAGGGACUGAAAAAAUCCCAAACUGUGACUUUUUCAAGGCGGGGGGCGGGGGGAGACUAGAGAAUGGUGUUGGCUGGUCAGGUUUAGUGAGAGUGUUUUAGACCAUCUGAGACAUUUUACACCCAAUUCUUGUGUAGUCCAGCAGUUCACAGGGGUGAGAUAAGGGGUCUGAAAUAUCGAAAUAGACACUGAAAGGCAUGGGCAGGAUUAAAGGCUGAAGGUUUUCAGUGUGCUUGUAGAGCAGUGGGAAGAAAAGGGCUCCCAAAGAGUAAAAUAUAUAGAAAUACUCUGAAACAAGAAGCAUGUAUGCCUGGAUGCUCAUGGGAGCACUGCUUUCAAGGGAUGCAUCAAACCCAAAUCCAAGUGGGCAUUAAAGAAAAACAAUCCAUGACAAUGAAAUCCUGCCUCCCUUGUAGGCAGUCAGUUUUGUCUUGGACUUCAAGGGAGCCAGGAACUUGCCCCUAGAGGUUAUUAAAAUCCUUUGUAAUAACAGCAAUUCUCUAGAAACCCUUUACACCAGGCACUGGGGUUGGGACAGCCAAAAAGCAGCCUGAAUAGAAAAAUAUGCUGCAGAUGGCAGAGAAGACACUCAGAAAUAUUAAUUCCCCCCAACCCAAUUGCUCCCCAAAUGGGAAUAUUUAGGCAGAAAGCUGCAGCUGGGCAGAUCCAGAGCUGGAGAUCAGGUAGGAUACCCUUUUCCCAGGGUAAGAGGUUUCCCAAAGUGAAGCUGACUGCUCCAGCCAUUCCCAGUCCCUUCCCAAACCUCUUUGAGGGGGUGUUAUGGGGGAUGAACAGUGACAGUGUGGGUAUGCCAGUGUGCUGUGCAAUGAGUUGUGAGCCUCCAGAGAUGCAAUGUGGUGGGCAGGUUUUUCUGUUUAUUUUACUGUUGUCUUUCUCAUGGGAUGGGAAACCACUGCAAAGACCACAAAAAGCAGCCUGGAGCAGCGUCUGAAGUGAAUAACUGAAGGGAAACCCAUUUACUGCUAUUAAUACUGCUGCUAAAAUAAGCAAGCCAUGCCCUGGAGACAGAGAGGACCUCUCCAAGGAUUUAAGUCCUGCAUCUGGUUUGUUUAUCUGUUUGGCCUGAAAAGGAAAAAAAACAACAAAAAGAAAAGGGAUGUAGGGGUAUCCUUGAGAGCUUUUUUGUCUCCUCCAGGCUGCUCCCUGGAGACAAAAAUGGGAUUUUAUGUUUACAAAGUUGCAGCCUUUUCCGUGAGCUCCAGGUGCCAAGGACUUGGAAGAAGUGAGAGGCAGAGUUAAUGAGGUUGAUCGUCUCCAAGAACGAGCAAUACCCAAACUGAAGGAAAAUACACUGCACAAAAUAUUAAGAAAACUCCUUUUUUAAAAAAAAAUAUUUUUUGGAGAAGCUGAUUUCCUUUGGCUAGCAGGAGAAAGUGGAGAAAAUGAAGCCAAGUCUGCGAUUUUUCUUAGCUGGUUUUCUGUUGUUGAUUCUGCAGACAGGGCUUUGCUAUGGGAUAAAAUGGAUAGCUCUGUCCAAGACAUCUUUGGCUCUGGCCCUGAAUCAAACCCAGCACUGCAAGCAGCUUGAAGGCCUGGUGGUUUCUCAGGUGCAGCUGUGCCGCAGCAACCUGGAGCUAAUGCAGACCAUUAUUCAGGCAGCAAGGGAAGUGAUAAAGACCUGCCGUAAAACUUUCUCAGACAUGCGGUGGAACUGCUCCUCAAUAGAGCUGGCUCCUAACUACCUGCUGGACUUGGAUAGAGGCACAAGGGAGUCAGCAUUUGUAUAUGCCCUCUCUGCUGCUGCCAUCAGCCACACCAUUGCCAGAGCCUGCACCACCGGGGACCUCCCUGGCUGUUCCUGUGGUCCCAUCCCAGGUGAGACACCUGGACCUGGGUAUCGAUGGGGAGGAUGUGCAGACAACCUCAACUAUGGUCUUAUCAUGGGGUCCAAAUUUUCAGAUGCUCCCAUGAAGAUGAAAAAAUCAGGAUCACAAGCCAAUAAACUGAUGCAUCUGCACAACAGUGAAGUAGGGAGACAGGUCUUGAAAGCCUCUCUUGAAAUGAAAUGUAAGUGCCAUGGAGUUUCUGGGUCAUGCUCUAUCAAGACCUGUUGGAAGGGCCUUCAAGAACUGCGAGACAUUGCACUGGACCUCAAAACCAAAUACUUGUCUGCCACCAAGGUUGUUCACCGGCCCAUGGGCACACGCAAAUACCUUGUGCCAAAGGAUAUUGAUAUCAGGCCAGUUAAAGAGACAGAGCUGAUUUACCUGCAGAGCUCACCCGAUUUCUGCAUGAAGAAUGAAAAAGUGGGGUCACACGGGACCCAGGACAGACAGUGCAACAAGACUUCCAAUGGGAGUGACAGCUGCGACCUGAUGUGCUGUGGCAGAGGCUACAACCCCUACAUGGACAAAGUGGUGGAGCGUUGCCACUGCAAAUAUCACUGGUGCUGCUACGUGACCUGCAAAAAGUGCGAGAGGACUGUCGAGAGAUAUGUGUGCAAAUGAAAACGCUCCUCUGCACUCCUGGGAGCUAAGGCAGCAGCAGCACCCCAGCACUGUUCAGAGAAGACAUUUCCUCGACUAGACAUCAUUUAUCUUGUAAAGACACAGACUUGAGGAGAGAUGGUAGGAGGAAAAGCAACAAUCACACCAGUGAAAAUAACAACGUAAAAAAACCUCCCAAAAAGCAAGAAACCCACAAAUGUUUCUCCUCACCAAUAAAAUGCUCUCUGAGAAGACAAAACUUCAUUUGGGAUGAUAUCUUCUUCUAAAAUAUUUCCUAUGGUUGCCAAUGAUGUCCAGCCAUCAAGUGCCUUAGUAUUCUGAGGAAUAAAUACAGAAACUUUCCCUGGGGGGAAAAAAGGCAACAUUUGUUUGACAGUAACUAAGGCUCACACCUGCCUGUGCCUUCUAGCACAGGUACUGGGUCUCCAAUAGGACCAUCCCACAAGGGAAAAUGUUACAACUUUUCAGCAAUAACUGCCUUUGUUGCCAAAGACUUAAUUUUCAGCAAGGAAUCAUCCACUCUGAGUGACAAAAAAGUGGAAAGAUUUCAGGUCAAUCCCCUGAAAUGAGCAACUAAUUUUAAUCUUUCUUUUACACAGGUCUGCAACUUUGAGCUGAUUGCUGAAGGAAAAUAUAUCCUUGAUUUGUCCAGGCUGGACAAAAUUCAGCCAUGACAAAAAUCCUCUGAAAUCCUGGAGGCAGUGAGAGUAGGGUAGGCUGAGAAGGACUUCAUGGGGCCCACAAGAGAGCAGCGGAGCCUUUAGGAUAAAAUAAAAGAGUGAAAUCCAAGUCCAGUGAGAGAGUAAAGGAAAAAAAAAAGCAAGCUCCUGCUCUCUAUCUCUUUGCCCUUUGGGUGUGAUACCCUUAGUCACUGACAUUCUUCCACACUGACCCACCAAAUCCUUGGGGAAAUAAGCCACUGGAUUCUUCCCCCACAAGAGUAUUGGUCCAACCUCAGGAUACUGCAGAGUGGAGCAGUCCCGGCUGUAGGGAGUACAUCCAUGGAAGUCAGCAGCUAUUCACAGCAGGAAGAAUGGGAACGUGUCAGUCCUUCACGUGGCUCUGCCCUGACACAGCAGAGAACCACUAUCUGUGGCUGUACAUAUUUUCUUUUGUAUGCAGAUAUACAGAAAUAUUUAUGUCUUGUGCUUUCAUCUACUUUACUUCCUACAUAAAUAUAUUCCUUAUACUAUAAACAAGCAUUAACAAUAGUAUGAAAUAAAUGCUGAAGUUACUGGUGCAACAGCAAAA